AGCCGCCGCGCGACGCGCUCGCCUGUCGCCCUGGGGACUCCCGGCUGCCCUGAGUCUUGGGGCCUGCGGCGUCCUCCUUCCUCGGUCCCCUCUGGCCCAUGGGUCUCCAUGGCGACGGCGGGGGCCCGGCCGGGGGGCGGGCAGCCCGAGCGGGGCCGCGGCGCUCUGGGGGCCUCCGCGGUGGCGUCGCCGUGUUCGCCGCUGUGGCCGCCGUGUUCACCCUCACGCUGCCCCCCUCGGUGCCGGGGGGCGACUCGGGGGAACUGAUCACAGCCGCACAUGAGCUUGGAGUUGCCCAUCCUCCUGGCUAUCCUUUGUUCACUCUGGUGGCUAAACUGGCAAUUAUACUAUUUCCUUUUGGUUCGGUUGCCUACCGAGUCAAUCUUCUGUGUGGCUUCUUUGGAGCAGUAGCUGCAGCAUUACUUUUUUUCACCGUUUUCAGGCUUUCUGGCUCAUAUGCUGGAGGAAUCCUUGCUGCGGGGGUGUUUUCAUUUUCUCGUCUAACAUGGCAGUGGUCCAUUGCAGCAGAGGUUUUUAGCUUAAACAAUCUGUUUGUGGGGCUGCUUAUGGCUCUUACUGUACAUUUUGAGGAGGCAGCAACUGCACAAGAAAGAUCAAAGAUAGCUAAAAUUGGUGCUUUCUGCUGUGGCCUUAGCUUAUGUAAUCAGCACACAAUAGUACUCUAUGUUUUGUGCAUAAUACCAUGGAUUCUCUUUCGACUUUUAAAAGAGGAGGAACUCUCGCUGGGCUCUUUGUUGAAGUUGAGUCUGUACCUCUCUGCUGGUUUGCUGCCCUAUAUCUACCUUCCUAUCUCAUCCUACCUCCAUCAAGCCCGUUGGACCUGGGGAGACCAGACAACAUUGCUAGGAUUUUUGACACAUUUUCUCAGGGAAGAAUAUGGAACAUUCAGUCUGGCCAAAUCUGAAAUAGGAUCCAGUAUGUCUGAAAUAUUGCUUUCUCAGGUGACAAAUAUGAGGACGCAACUCUCACUCAACAUUCAAGCCCUUGCAGUUUGGGCAAAUAUAUGUUUAGUAAGAAAGGACAGACAGAACUCAUCAUUAGUAUGGCUUUUUACUGGAAUGUUUUGCAUUUAUUCAUUGUUCUUUGCUUGGAGGGCAAAUUUAGAUAUUUCAAAACCACUUUUCAUGGGUGUGGUGGAACGAUUCUGGAUGCAGAGCAAUGCAGUGGUGGCUGUCCUCGCUGGCAUCGGUUUGGCUGCACUUGUUUCUGAGAGUAACCGAGUACUGAACACCAAUGGGCUUCAGUGUCUGGAAUGGCUUUCAGCAACUCUUUUUGUAAUUUACCAAAUAUAUUCUAAUUAUAGCAUUUGUGACCAAAGGACCAACUAUGUGAUCGAUAAGUUUGCAAAGAAUCUUCUAGCCUCUAUGCCUCAUGAUGCAAUUAUCUUACUCAGAGGAGAUCUGCCAGGGAAUUCUCUCCGUUACAUGCAUUAUUGUGAGGGACUGAGGCCAGAUAUUUCAUUAGUGGAUCAGGAAAUGAUGACUUAUGAGUGGUAUUUACCCAAGAUGGCAAAGCAUUUACCAGGCGUCAAAUUUCCUGGGAACCGGUGGAAUCCUGUGGAAGGAAUAUUACCUAGUGGAAUGGUCACAUUUAAUCUUUAUCAUUUUCUUGAAGUAAAUAAACUAAAAGAAACAUUUGUUUGCAUAGGAAUUCAUGAAGGCGACCCAACCUGGAAAAAGAACUAUUCACUUUGGCCAUGGGGUUCUUGUGACAAAUUAGUUUCUUCAGAGAUUGUAUUCAACCCUGAGGAGUGGAUUAAACUUACGAGAAACAUCUAUAACUGGACUGAAGACUAUGGAAGGUUUGCUCCAUCUUCCUGGGAAUCUGUGGCCAAUGAAGAGAUGUGGCAAGCCAGGAUGAAAACCCCGUUCUUCAUCUUUAACCUGGCAGAAACUGCAAGUUUGCCUUCAGAUGUGAAAGCUCAACUCUACACUCACGCGUAUAACCUUUAUAAGGAGAUUGUCUAUUUACGAAAGGAACACCCAGUGAACUGGCAUAAGAACUAUGCCAUCGCCUGUGAACGGAUGCUGCGCCUUCGGGAAAGAGGUGCAGACCCUGAAGUCUUGUUAUCUGAAACCAUCAGACACUUCCGUCUCUACACUCAGAAGGCCCAGAAUGAUCCACAGCUGGCUGAUAUUUCAGUUGCUCUAAAACACCUAAGAAAAGAACUGCAAAGUCUGAGAAAUAUGAAAAAUGGCUGAGACAGCAAACUAUGAAAAACCUGCUUGGCGUUUGGCUUCCAAAAUUCCAAAAUCUAAAAGUUUUUCAUCCAAGAAAAGAAACAGCAUAAAAAAAUGGAAGCCUAAGUCAUCUCCCAGAUAUAAGUACAUGGUGCAGCCGUACUGUUUCAGAGGGGGGCACGGUUAGAGACUGAGAUGUGCUAUUUAUGCAAAUUAUAUUUAGCCCAUGUUACUGAAUUAGCAUUUCAGCGAGAAUAUUUUGAAAAAUCUUCCUACUUCCACAAUCUUUCACCAAAUGAGUUGCUUGAUUAGAUUCUAGAAGAGAAUGAACUGUUUUCAUAUACUUAAAAUAUUGACCAUGAAUCUUAAGGGCCCUGCUUAUUGGA